CUCGCGGGGCGCGCCGCGCCGCGAGGUCUGCUGUUGGGCCGUGGGGCCCCGGACCUGCUCGCGCGCCCCAACUCAGGGGAGCGAGCGCGGCGCGGGGCUGGCGGUGAGCGGGGGCGCACGUGCGGCCGGUCGGCCGUGGGCCGUCCGAACCCGCCGCCAGCUGACUCGCGGGGAGGCCUGGGUUCCCGCUGGCUCGCACACUCUCCGCGCUGCUGACCGCCCCGCCAGGCCUCCUCGGGACAGGGAAGCUGGAGGCCUGGUGGCCGCACGCGUGGUGAGCGGACCUGGGCUCUGGCGGAUGGGCAGUCCCCCCAGAGCCGUGGGCCUGGGACGCUUCUCUAGGUCGGAAUGGGCCCACCAUGCCCAGGCCCUCGUCCCUGCUGCUUCCUGAAAGCGAGGGCACGGGAGACACCAGGAGGGCAGCAGGUUAGGGUGGCGUGAGGCACUGGGUUUUGGGGGAACAAGCCGGGGCAGGGUGUGUCUUUUUCAGCCCUGAAGGGCUGUAGUGGGUACCCACUGUACGCUUUCCAGGUCCAGCACACGUUAUGGUUAAUUUUCCACCUGGGGUUGGAAGCGGCAUCUACAGAUGUCCCCCCUCCACAUCUAUUCAUUUCUCCCUGAGUCCUGUUCUCCCUCGUUGCAGGACUUUGCAGGACACCCAGGGUCUGGGCUCCUCACAAGCACAUCUGACCCUGGACCCAGGGCAGGUCAGCAAAACUCUGCAACUGGCCUGGGGCUGUGGGAGGUGGUGAGGCUUCCUGUCUCACUGGCAGUGUCCCCUGGCCAGGAGGAAGGCUGGGGCAGGGGUCUGAGCUGUCCUUGGGCCUUGCAACCUCACAGCAGUGGAGAGUUCCUGCCUGGCCGCCCCUGGCCACGAGGGUGUGGGGAGAAGCAUUUCCCCACCUGCAGACAGGAACCCUUCCACCUUCCUCCUCAGUGCCCAGGUCCCCUUGUCCUGGUGCCUGUGGCCCACCUGGGGGCAAAAGUGCACACUUCUCCCUGGUUCCCUGCCAUUUCUUCAUCUCAGACGCAGAAGAGCUCUGGGUCCCCCCUCAUGUGGCAGGCUGGGGUUUGGACAGUGCCUGCGCCAUGACCCCAAAGGACAGGAGUCAAAAGCGAGGCCAAGAGUUGUGCUCUCCUUCUGGUGCAGUACCUCUAGGCCUCCAGGUGGCCACUGAGCUGGGCUAGGCCUUCACAGGCCUCUAGGCUCUGCCAUCUCAGGGACACUGACUCCAUCAGGGGCAGCUUCUGUCACUGCCUGGGAGGAGCCAGGUUCAAGUCCCUGGGGACCUAUUCCCUGGUUGUCCUGGUAGGCAGUGCCCCGCUGAGCAGUUCCUGGCUGCAGGUCCAGUAUUUCCCCCUCCAGAGCUGCUCUGGUAGAGGAAGACCCUCUGAAGCCCAUUAGGCCCUGGUAGGGGAACCCAGGUUGGGGAAGAAGUGAAAGGGUGAGGUGGCAGCACCCUGAACCCUGCCCUGUUCUAAGGGAGUGCCCUCCUGGACCCUGGUUGCAGUGAAGCCAGACGGGGUGCAGCAGCGGCUCGUUGGGGAUAUGAUCCAGCACUUUGAGCAGAGGGUCUUCGGGCUGGUGGGGAUGAAGUUGCUGCAGGUGCCAGAGUGUGUUGUUGCUGAGCACUACCAUGACCUACAGAGGAAGCCCUUCUACCCAGCCCUCAUCAGCUACAUGAGCUCCGGCCCCAUGGUGGCCAUGGUCUGGGAAGGCCCCAACAUGGUCUGCACCUCAAGCAUGAUAGGACACACUGACUUGGCUGAGGCUGCCCCUGGCACCAUCCAGGGAGAAUUCAGUGUCCACAUCAGCAGGAAUGUCAUCCAUGCCAGUGACUCUGUGGAGAGGGCCAAGUGGGAGAUCCUGCUGUGGUUCCAGAGCAAUGAGCUGGUGGACUGGGCAUAUGAAGGCCACCACGGCAGCAUCUACCCAGCCUGAGCGUUCAGGUUGCCUCGGCCCCCCAAGCAUCCACUCAGGACCAACUACCUCUGUCGACACACCCACACUCCGCCCAUCUGUGCCAGACCACCUCCCAGUCCAUCUUCUGCCCCACCCGAGCCCAGAGGGUUGAGCUCACAACUUUAUGUGCCUUUUAAUAUUGCAAACCAGCAAGAGACUGGACCAAAUCCUUUUUGUACUGAAGUGCCAGUCGGCCUUUGGGGU